GAAGUUCAAAACGAAUUUCGACCUUCAAUCAAAUCAUUUUCAGAGGUUUUUAGGGUUUCUUCACCGACAACGCUCGCUCGCUCGCUCUCGAAAACAUGACUGCGGAAUUGAAAGAGGAGAUCCUCGCCGCCAAAUUAGAAGAGCAGAAGAUCGAUCUCGAUACACCUGAAGUUGAAGACGAUAAUGAUGAGGAUGAUGAUGAUUCCGAGGAUGACGACGAGGCAGAAGGACAUGAUGCUGGAGAGUCCGGUGGUGGUCGGUCUAAGCAAAGCAGAAGCGAGAAAAAGAGUCGUAAAGCUAUGCUUAAGCUUGGCAUGAAACCCAUCACUGGUGUUAGCCGUGUCACCAUCAAAAAGAGCAAGAACAUCUUGUUUGUGAUAUCGAAGCCUGACGUGUUCAAGAGCCCAGCAUCAGAUACUUAUGUGAUCUUCGGUGAGGCCAAGAUCGAUGAUUUGAGCUCACAGCUUCAGACGCAGGCUGCUGAGCAGUUCAAACCAAGUGGAGAAACAUCCAGCGGUGCAGGAGCAGCAGCUGGUGAUCAGGAUGAUGAAGAGGUGGACGAGGAGGGUGUGGAGCCGAAGGAUAUCGAGCUGGUGAUGACCCAAGCAGGAGUGUCUAAGCCAAGGGCUGUUAAUGCUCUCAAGGCUGCUGAUGGAGAUAUUGUCUCUGCUAUCAUGGAGCUUACUACCUAAAAUCCCAAACCUUUUCUACUUAGAUGCUGCUUCUCGUGUGUUUUCUUUUGUCUUGUUUCUAAGUGACUUUGCAUGUUGGAUCAUCAUUAUAUAAACCAUAAGUUUAGACUCGUUUU